UUCACGCUUCCAAAAGUUUAUCGGAGACAAAGUGCCCCAAUAAAAUACGAGCAUCGCCCAAUUGAAGGCUGGCGUGGUGUACGGAGUACCGAGAAAGUCCAGCUCGCCGGCCGCCCAUCCAUACGGACGACACUUAAGGGCAGGGGUUUAAAUGUGCUCAGUUCGGUCCCAGCUGCAUCGAAAGUCAAAAGUCAGUUCGAAGCCCCACCAUGGAGAACUCAGCAGCGCCAACGGUGCUGACGUACGUGAUUUUUCUGGUCAUUUUUGCGUUCUGGUGGGUGGUGGUGCGAUACUUGUGUUCGAUCCGAUAUGCGUGGCAAAUUCCUUCGUACCCGGUGAGGAUUCCGGUGCUGGGUCACACCCUGAUGUUUUCUGGGAAAAACACCGAGUGGGCUUUUCGGACAAUGGUCAGAGUUUUUCGAACUGAGCAGCGGCUGACGAAACUUGUGCUGGGGCCGAUUCCGGUGGUGCUGGUUCAUCACCCGGAUUUGCUGCAGAAGGUGCUUACUAGUGCUGACAUGUACGAUAAGCCGUUCGUGUACGAUAUGAUGAAGCUGGGACGCGGACUCAUUACGGAGCGAAAUGGAUGGAUCUGGAAGCAGACUAGGAAAGCGGUGAAUCCAGCUUUCAGUCAGAAAAUUCUGAGUGGAUUUGUACCGAUCUUCGAUUCUCGUGCAAAGAAGCUUGUUGAACGACUUCAACCAUUGGCCGAUGGAGUAACGGGUAUCAAUCUUCUGGAGUAUGUUGCAACGAGUACCUUAGAAAUGAUAUUUAGCACAACCAUGGGCUGCAAACUGCAUGAAAGACCUGGGGAAAAGGAGUACGUCUAUCACUUGGAAAGGAUCCAGAAUAGUCUGGGCGAAAGACUCCUGAACGUUGACAAGUAUCUUGAACCACUGUACCGAUUCUCAUCCAGUUUCAAACGAGAAAUGAAGUCUCGGGUGUUUUGUGAUGCAUUUGCCGACAAAAUCAUUCAAGAACGUCGUGCCAAGAUCGAACGAGAAAAUAACAACACUAAUGAGGAAGCCGAGACAAACUACGACAGUUUGGAGGAGCAUCUGAAGUCUAACAUAUUUCUGGAUGAAAUACUGAACUUCCGACUAGAAGGUACUCCUCUGACGGAUUUGGAGGUGUCCGAACAUCUUCGCACUAUGAUGGCUGCGGGAAAUGAAACAUCAGCGCUAACCACCUGCUAUGUUUGCCUAUUCCUCGCGCAAAAUCCAGAAAUUCAGGAAAAAGUUCUUUCGGAGAUGCAAGAAGUCUUCAACUCUCCGACCAUCGAGCUCAACGCUGAAUCUCUCAAGCAGCUCCAGUACACUGACAUGGUUAUAAAGGAAACGCUUCGCCUCAUCCCCGUUGUACCGUUCAUAUCCCGCGAAACGGGCUGCGAAAUCGAACUGGACGGCGUUCGGAUACCUCCGGGUCAAAUACUGGUCAUGAACUUCUACGCCCUCCAUCGACGGAAGGACUUCUGGGGAGACGAACCGGAGCGAUUCGACCCGGAAAGGUUCCGUCCGGAAGCCAUCCGGCAGAGGCAUCCAUAUGCGUAUGCUCCGUUCAGUGCCGGGUUUAGGAACUGCAUUGGGAGUCGGUAUGCCAUGUACUCAUUGAAGACCAUGUUGACGAGGUUGCUGAUGGCGUUCGAGGUGCGAACAACUAUACGACAGGAGGACAUGAAGUUCAAGUUCGAGAUUACCAUGAAGCUAGUUGGACCACACACGGUACAGCUUGUGAGAAGGAAUCAAAUAGGUAAUCAAACUCCCAAUGAUUAG